GCGCACGGACGCGCACACCCUCCCGGAGCCGCUGAGGGCACCUACGCGGGGCUCGCCGCCUCUCCCCGACCCGCUGCCCGAGCAGCGGCGAACGCACAAAGGAGAGGAGGAGGAGGAGGAGGAGGAGGAAGAAGAGGAAGAGGAGGCGGCGGCGCGCACGGUGCUUGGAGCCCGGCCGGAGGCACUGCCCGGAGAUGUCGGGGGUGCUGGUAAUCGCUGCCUGGUGCUUCCUGCAAGUGGAGAGCCGGCAUCCUGAAAUCAUCACGAGUAAUAGCAAUCAUGGCAAUUUCCUGGACAACGACAAAUGGCUGAGCACCGUUUCACAGUAUGAUAAAGACAAGUACUGGAACAAAUUCAGGGAUGAAGUUGAGGAUGAUUAUUUCAGAAACUGGAAUCCAAACAAGCCUUUUGAUCAAGCCCUUGAUCCAUCCAAAGAUCCAUGUUUGAAGGUGAAGUGCAGCCCACAUAAAGUGUGUGUCACUCAUGACUAUGAAACUGCUAUUUGUGUAAGCCGCAAGCAGCUGGUACACAGCCUUCGACAAAAGAAAGGAAACUUGGCCCAGAAGCACUGGACUGGACCAGCUAACAUAGUAAAAUGCAAGCCUUGCCCUGUGGCGCAUGCCAACGCUGUCUGCGGAUCUGAUGGACAUACGUAUACUACCAAAUGCAAAUUGGAGUUUCAUGCAUGUACUUCUGGCAAAACCAUCACAGUUCGAUGUGAAGGGCCCUGCCCCUGCCUUCCAGAACCUGAAAGUUCAAAACACAAGACGGAGAAGACUGUGUGCACAGACAAAGAACUGAGGAAUCUCGCUUCGCGACUAAAAGACUGGUUUGGUGCUCUUCACGAGGAUGCCAAUCGGGUCAUCAAACCAACAAGCUCGGAGAUGGCACAAGGCAGAUUUGACACCAGCAUACUACCAAUCUGUAAGGAUUCCUUAGGCUGGAUGUUCAACAAACUUGACAUGAACUAUGACCUGCUGCUGGAUCCCUCAGAGAUCAGUGCCAUUUAUCUGGAUAAGUAUGAGCCAUGCGUCAAGCCUCUCUUCAACUCUUGUGAUUCCUUCAAAGACGGAAAGCUUUCGAACAAUGAGUGGUGCUACUGCUUCCAGAAGCCAGGCGGUCUUCCCUGCCAGAAUGAAAUGAAUAGAAUUCAAAAGCUAAGUAGAGGGAAGAGUCUGUUGGGUGCUUUCAUCCCUCGGUGCAAUGAAGAAGGUUAUUACAAAGCCACUCAGUGUCAUGGCAGCACAGGGCAGUGCUGGUGUGUUGAUAAGUACGGGAAUGAGAUAGCUGGCUCAAGAAAGCAAGGGACAGUAAGUUGUGAAGAAGAGCAAGAAACCUCAGGGGAUUUUGGCAGUGGUGGAUCUGUUGUAUUGUUGGAUGAUUUGGAAGAGGAACCUGAAGCAGCAAAAAAAGAUAAAGACGGGAAACUGAAGAUUCAUGUAAGAGCAGCUAAUGAAGAUGAUGAAGAUGAAGAUGAUGAUAAGGAUGAUGAAAUUGGUUAUAUAUGGUAGUGCCCAUCGUAAUGAGGACUCACAUUUUGCACAAUAUUUCAAGUCACAUCAUAUCUCUGCAAUUGUAUCUGAGAGUACCUGGCACAAAUAUUCCCUCUCUCCACUGAGUUUAAUUUUGUAGUCUAUUUAAUUUGGAAGACAACUUUUUUUUUUUCCAGCAAGGACUGUUUGGAAUAUAACUUUUGUUCAGUUGGUUUGGGGGAUUUUUGUUUUAUCCACAGGGGCAAUGAGUUUUGUUUCAAAAACAUUUCAUGUCUUAAUCCUCACUUGCACAUCUUAUGAAAUAUAUCCUGUGAAAGAAGAAUCACAGAAGGGGUUCAACAAACCAAUAGGGCUUAGAAGCCCUUCUCAUGUUAGAGAAUUUGUGUCAUAAGUUGUUACCUGGAUCAUAUCAGAAACAGUUAUUUUUCUUUCAUGAAGAAGGAAAAGUAGGUGCCUCAUUUUCUAGUCCAUAUUUGUUAUGUUCCAGUAAAGAGUAAGUCCUUUGGAUAACAACUUCUGGCUGCCCAGUGUUUGGGGUUUAAUCCAGAGAGAAACCCACUGGUAGGACUUUCUCUUCCUUACAUUCUCUGCUAAUGGGUCCACACUGAUGGCAAAACUCCCACAAGAGAAUAGAUCAGCUCACUGACACAGUUUAUUUGGUUAAGGAACAUGGCCUUGAUCUUAAGAGAUGCUGAGAACCUGUAGCUAUGAUGGACCAAGCCCUACAGGCAGGGAACAGAGUCCAUCUGCCUUUCAAAGUGUUUAAGGAAAGAGUGUUUUGUGAAUUUGUAGCAUCAUAACCCCCUCCGUAACUGUUCCCCAGCUUCUGUCUGAACUCAUUUGCACCAAGAGUUGCACUAACAUCAUGUAGGCAGCCUCUGCUUCCUGCUCACACACGAUGGAUCUGCCUGUUCUUACUCUUAGCAAUCCCUCAUUCCAAGGUUAUAAAGCUGUCAAAGACACUAACCAUCAAAAAUAAUAAGCUGUCAUUUCUUUAAUUUAAAUAGUUAAUAUUUAUUUGGCCUGUUUAAAAAAGCAACUUUAGGUGGUCAUGUUUCAAAAGCAUAACCCCUUUGCUCAGUGUGACAAGCUGCACACUCAUAAUACACAUACAUAAAAGAGAAUAGUAUUAAAAUACAAUCUGUGAUUCCCUCAGCAUCUCCAUAUAUUCAUAGCUCUUCAACUGUAUCACAGCAUGUUUAUAUUAAAUUAUUUGCUGUGUCCUUUCCCAUAGCAGUUCUCUGAUGCAGUAAUGUACUGUGGUGACCUUUUAUUAUUUUUGCUGGGUUUAGAAACAUUAAGAGGUAUCUUAGCCCACUCUUGCAUUAGGAUACAAAUAUAAGUAUUUUUUCAGUGCCUGUGAUUUGCCUGUAAGUUAUUUUGCAGAAUGAAAAAUGUGCUUAUAACACAGAAAAAUAAUUAGAUUGAAUUUUUUUUCCCUCUAUGUUAGUGUUCGCUAUAGAGGUGGACACAUAUGGAGUCAAAAUAUGGCUGGUUACGUAUUCACUCAAAAGCAGGAAAAUACCAUGCUGGGUGACAGAAGUCAGUUUUUUAGGAACACUGGCCUGAGGACUGGGGUCCUCAGUGCUUUCCAGAGUCAAUGCCCACUGCAGAGUCUGGCAGCCUCUCUCCUUCUGUGUGUAGGACCGCUGCUUUCAGACAUGAUCAGAAGAGCAAUACAGAAGAGGAUCUCCUUUCAGACACCAUGUGGUGUAGGGGCUCAGUUGUUUUCUCCUCUUUCAUUUCCUAUUUAGCUAGAUUAAUGACCUGAGAACAAAGAGCAUGCCUGCAUAAUUGUUAUUAAUGCAGAAGGAUGUGUAAAAUUAUGAGGAAUUUGUUGUGUGUUGUUUCACGCCCCCACAUCCUCCCAAAAAUCUGCCAUCACAGUCGUUUGCAAAAGGCCUGCAAUCUGCCCUGCCUCAAAUCCCUUUGGUUUUCCUAUAGCUUUUGAAAAUUUAUUUUAAAAUCAUUGUCCAUGAGCUGCACAGCACACACGCACACUUUUUCUAUUUGCUUUUCCUAGAAAAUUAUGCUGACUUGCAAGAGGAACAGAUACAACCAGCAUUUCUGUUUCCCUAAAUAGUAUGAUUCUGUGAGAAGCAAUUGCACACCAUCAAUAGCUUGCUUCUCAAACAUCGUGGCUGGUUUCCUUAUGGUAUUUUAUUAAUUAAACCCUUACUCUCUGGGUCUAGCUCUGCUGCCCUGUGCAGGACUUGCCUGAGGCACAGAGUUGCCCUUUCACUCUGACAUAAAACUGAGGACCACAAUCAGCAGAGUUACACUUAUCCUCCUGACUGGACUCAUUCUCUACACACAACUAGUUUUUUCUGCAAUCCCGUGACCCUUUGCACUGGCCUAUCCUGGAACUAUGACGUACUUCAAAGGCCACAGAGUCCAUCCCUUCCCCUGCCCAGCACCUCACCAGGUUAAAGCCUGCCUAACCAAGCCCUUGCAGGCAGCUCCAGGGUCCAAGGCUGCAGCCCUUCUGUGUCAUAUGCAAACAUGCAAGGUGGUUAAAUAAAAGCUGUUAAAUAAGACUUUAAAAGUGAACGUGGACGUCCUUCAGUUUACAUGAGCAGACAUCCCACCACCAUCCAUUUCUCAACACCAUUGAGCCUCUCCUAGCUGUAAUCUCUCACAUACAACUAUUCCAAAUCAGAGCUGGCAGGCAUUAUAUAUUUCUUUCAAACUAUAAAACAAUUACAGUCUCUCAGAAUCACCAACUCAAACACGCUGUGGGUCCCAGUCAAACGGCUCUGUGCCCAGCACAGCAAGGUAAGAGGGCAGAUGUCUUGGCUGGUUUACCUGUCUCUGGUAGCACCUUUCCCUUCACACAGAAACAAAAAACAAAACAAAACAAAACACACUUACAGACGUUUUAAGCCCACUGGCCUGGAUUCAGGAAGACUCCAUCCAGGUGAUCGUUCAGUCGCCUGCUUCAGAUGUGCAAAGAUUCUUCUGAAUCAGGGCCAGCAUUGGAAAAUUGCCACUUUAUUGACUACUUCAGUUGGGUACGGCUACAAGAGAGUUUAAAGAGAGUGGUGUGGAAUCACAAGGUGUCACAGCUGAAUCAGGAACAGGACAGAUGGGCUGUCAUGCUUGGAAGGGCAGCUCAGCCUAUGGAUUGCUUUAAGAGCAAAUUCCCAAAUAUUACAAAGCUAUUUAGCAAAGCCCUUUUGUGAGCUACUGGUUUCCUCCAGUGCCUGGGGGAUUUGCAGCCUAUAUAUACAUUUGUAUAUAUAUGUGUGUGUCUAUAUACAUUUAUACACAUAUAUGUGCGUGCAUAUGUGUGUGUGUCCAAUUUGGGAAGAUGCAUUAAGAAAAUGUUUUAUUUCUUUAAAAUAAACCAGUGAUUCUACCAAGAACCAGUGCUCUUCCAGAUCAAGUCCCAUUCUUCAUGCUUUGAAAAGUAUCUAAUUUGAUUCCAACUUUUAAUUCCUUUCUUUUUCUUUUCUUUUUUUUUAUUUUUUUUAUUUUUUGCAAAGGAGGACUUCCCAUCUGCAUCAAGUCAUUGACCUUCCAAACAUUUUCUCAUUGUAAAAAAUAGAAUCAGAGUUGUCCCAUUCUUUUAGAGACACCAAUUUUUAAUCUCCUUUUCAUAUUAGAGAUGGUGAUGUUGAAAUACUGUUAGGUAUUACUUUAUGUUUCAAGGUGUCCUUUUAACUACUGUGGUUAAAUCAAAAUCUUUUUGAGUUCAGAUUUCAGCACAGUUGGGUUUUUUGGGUCAUUACUGGCCUUUGCUGUGAACACAAAGAAUCCUUUUCCUUUUCUUUGCCUUUUUUUAAGCUAUUCUGUUCUAUUAUUUUAAACCAUUUGAAAUGUUUAUUUAAUAUUUAUUCUACAGUUUAUAUUGAAAAUGUAAAGUUUAUAUUUAAAACAACACUUUGUUAGUGAAUGCUUCUCUUUGCCUCUCCAGCCUAGUCUGUUAGUCUCAGUGUACAUUUCUGGCAUGGGAAUAUUUUGAUAUUAGAAGUUUUGUAGCAUUUUUCCCCUCAAGCAGCCAAUGACAUAGAUCUAAGGUCACCACUUGAUACAGACCAACAGAUCACUCAAGCUUAGCUUUCUACAUUUGUUGGCUUUUAUUGCAGUCCCUUCUGUAUGCCAUUCAAGUUCGUUUAAUACAUAGACUGCUUUGUACAGUUACUAUACAUCAAAAAGCCCUUUCUACAGUAGGUGGGUUUGGUCUUUUUAUACUUUUCUCAAUGCUGUUGAUGUCCGUUACUGUUAACCGUGUAGAUCUGUAAGGAGAAAUCCAAAUAUUACGUGUUUCAGUUUGAUGUCCCUACUGUAGAUGGAUGUAGACUACCAUAGUAAGUAGAAUUGCAUAGUAAAUUCUGAGUGCUUUUUCCAUAAGGAGUUAAGUGGAAUGUGAGCAUUUUGCUAUCUUUGGUUAACUGUAAAUGCUUAACUGUAGUCUGAAAUAGUUGCAUUUUUGUCUGUCUCAAUAAAUUUUAAUUUGUCUGUGACUCCUUAUUGCCUGUCCUGAAUUUUAUUAAACUUUGGAGAUCAAAAAUACUGCAGUACCUUGAGUCAGCAGUUAAUCAUGCAUGGAAAUGUAUGGUCUUUUAUAUUUGGGUUAUACCUUAUACCUCUGUUCAAUGUCAGCUGUAAUAUGUGAAGCUAAUGUAAGGUCUCUAGAAAGCUGUAUUUCAAAAGCAGAAAUGAAACCAAACAGAAAGUAAUAACUGUGCCAAAAAUCAGAACUUUUAAAAUUACAUUAAAAUUGAUCUUUAAGGAA